CCCUGGUGGCGGAAGUGACGUCGUGUGGGGCGUGUCCGGUCCCGCACAAUGGGCCAUGGAGUUCCCGUUCGAUGUGGACGCGCUGUUCCCGGAGCGGAUCACCGUGCUGGACCAGCACCUGCGGCCUCCGGCCCGCCGACCCGGAACCACAACGCCGGCCCGCGUGGACCUGCAGCAGCAAAUCAUGACCAUUCUAGAUGAACUGGGCAAGGCCUCUGCCAAGGCCCAGCAUCUCCCCGCGCCCAUCACCAGCGCUUCCAGGAUGCAGAGUAACCGCCACGUUGUUUACAUACUGAAGGACACUGCAGCCCGGCCGGCAGGGAAAGGAGCCAUUAUUGGUUUCCUCAAAGUCGGAUACAAGAAGCUCUUUGUACUGGACGACCGUGAAGCCCACAACGAGGUAGAACCACUGUGCAUCCUGGACUUUUAUAUCCACGAGUCAAUGCAGCGGCAUGGCCACGGGAGAGAACUCUUCCAGUAUAUGUUACAGAAAGAGCGAGUUGAGCCACACCAACUGGCCAUUGAUCGACCGUCACCAAAGCUGCUGAAGUUCCUCAACAAGCACUACAACCUGGAGACGACAGUCCCACAGGUGAACAACUUUGUGAUCUUUGAAGGCUUCUUCGCCCAUCAGCAUCGGCCCCCCACUCCCUCUCUGAGGGCAUCUCGACACUCUCGUGCCGCUGAGGUCGACCCCACACCUGCUCCAGCACGGAAGCUGCCACCAAAAAGGGCAGAGGGAGACAUUAAGCCAUACUCCUCCAGUGACAGAGAAUUCCUGAAGGUGGCUGUGGAGCCUCCUUGGCCUCUGAACAGGGCCCCUCGCCGCGCCAUGCCUGCAGCCCACCCACCUCCACGCUCCAGCAGCCUGGGGAACUCGCCGGAUCGGGGUCCCCUCCGGCCCUUUGUGCCAGAGCAGGAGUUGCUUCGCUCCCUGCGUCUCUGCCCGCCACACCCUACUGCCCGCCUUCUGCUGGCCUCUGACCCUGGGGGCAGCCCAGCCCAGCGCAGACGCACCAGCUCCCUUCCCCGCUCUGAUGAGAGUCGAUACUGACAGCCUCCUCCCCUCCCCCUUCCUAAAACCUGCAACCCACUCUUCCAUCGAGAUUUUUUCUCCCCCUUUCUUGAACAGCUGGGUUGCCAGGGUUCUAAAUAGCCUAACGUUUGUAGCUUUUCUUAACCACAGAAGACACCCCACACUCCCAACAUGUGUUCCAAGUACUCUCCAUAGACAGCCCAUUCUGUUCCCAGAACGCUCGGGCUAAAUGGCUCCUACUGACUCCCCUAGAGAGGCACUCUGCUUGUGGUCAGACUCCAGACCAUCAGAGCAAGUCCAAGAGCAUCCUCUGCCAGGGAGAGUGUCCUGUCGAUGGAUAAUUCCCUCCACAGUGCCCACUUGCAGCUCGGAUCCUGCCGCCACACAAACCUGUCAUCAGUCUGCUGAUGCCAGACUGUGAGCAAGCUGUGCCUCAGAGCAGCAGUCCAGGCUGACAAGACAAGGACUCCUUGGCUUCCCAGCAGGGUCCUCCCAACAUUGCCAAACUCUUACUUUCCAAGCGACAGGUAGAUAGAUGUGUCAAAUGUUGCUCUGGGGUCUCUACAGGAGUUCUACAGACACCACCACUUUCCUCAGCUAACCCAAGUCUUUCUCUUGGCGGCAGACCCCAGCAAAGGUCCCAGGGCUGCUUGCUUAGCGGUGUCCCUGAAGAUAAGCCUGGUUCACUCUAACCUCCCUGCCUCCCUAGGAAUAGACUUUUGAGGUUGUGUUGAAAUGACAUGAGGAUCACCCUCCUGCUGCCCUCCCUCCUUCUCCAUAGCAGGAACCCCCUCCCCUGCUUCCAUGCCUUCCGGGGUGUAGACAGAACCUCCCCCCCCCACUCUGAACAUGUGAUGGUAGAUCAGGUGCCCCACUCUGUGUUCCCUCAAGUCCUUGGGAGCAGGACCUCCCUCUCCCCACUUAAUCCUUCCUUCUGCCCUUCAGUGCUGUCUCAAUAAAGUGUGGACUCUUCUGUUUUCUAAAUUGACAUUUUCAACGAAAACCA